GCCUCCGGCCUGCCGCCCGGCCAGCCCGUCUGCGCGGGCCCCGACCCGCGCCCCGAAAUGCAGCUUCCAGAACUCGACCCAGUUUUCCCCUGGGCGGAGGAGCCCGGGGAUCCCGGCGCCCCGAGGCUCCCGGCGAGCGCGCCCGCCCGCGUGCGGGAGUGCAGCCCCGGCUGCCGGGUGCGCGGCGAGGCGGACUCCCCUGCCCCCCGCGCCUCGCCCGCGGCGGGCGAGCCGGCGCCGGAAGCGGGUCCCGGGAGCCCGCACCCGCCCUCGGACUUCGGCCGGGACCCCGCGCUCCCCGGCGAGCCCGCGGGGCCUCAGGAGGACGGCCCCCGCCUCCGAGCCGUGUUCGACGCCCUGGACGGGGAUGGGGACGGCUUCGUCCGCAUCGAGGACUUCGUCCAGUUCGCCACGGUCUACGGGGCGGAGCAGGUGAAGGACUUGACUAAGUACCUGGAUCCCAGUGGGCUCGGCGUGAUCAGUUUUGAAGACUUCUACCAGGGGAUCGCGGCCAUCAGAAACGGAGGUCCUGAUGGCCAGCUGUACGGCGGCGUCGCACCUGUCCAGGACGAGGAGCCCCUGGCCUGUCCCGAUGAGUUUGACGACUUUGUCACCUAUGAGGCCAACGAGGUGACCGACAGCGCGUACAUGGGCUCCGAGAGCACCUACAGCGAGUGCGAGACCUUCACCGACGAGGACACAAGCACCCUGGUGCACCCCGAGCUGCAGCCCGAAGGGGACGCGGACAGUGCUGGGGGCUCGGCCGUGCCCUCCGAGUGCCUGGACGCCAUGGAGGAGCCCGACCACGGCGCUCUGCUGCUGCUCCCAGGCAGGUCCCACCCACGUGGCCAGUCUGUUGUCACAGUCAUCGGCGGGGAGGAGCAUUUCGAGGACUACGGAGAGGGCAGCGAGACGGAGCUGUCUCUGGAGACGCCGUACAGCGGGCAGCUUGGCUGUGGCGACCCUGCCUUCCUCACCCCCAGCGCUGACCCGCUGGCCGCAAAGCUGCACAGCAUCCUCACUGACGAGGCUUUUGAGUUUUACUGUAGCCAGUGCCACAAACAAAUCAACCGCCUUGAGGAUCUUUCUGCGCGCCUGAAUGAUCUUGAAAUGAAUAGCCCAGCAAAGCGGCUAUCCAGCAAGAAGGUGGCAAGGUACCUGCACCAGUCGGGGGCCCUGACCAUGGAGGCCCUAGAGGACCCUGCCACCGAGCUGGCGGAGGGCCCGGAGGAGGACAUUGCUGACAAGGUCGUCUUCCUGGAAAGGCGAGUGUUGGAGCUGGAGAAGGACACCGUGGCCACGGGUGAGCAGCACAGCCGUCUGCGGCAGGAGAACCUGCAGCUGGUGCACAGAGCCAACGCCCUGGAGGAGCAGCUGAAGGAGCAGGAGCUGCGAGCCUGCGAGGUGGUCCUGGAGGAGACCCGGAGGCAGAAGGAGCUCCUGUGCAGGCUGGAGAGAGAGAAGAGUAUCGAGAUCGAGAACCUGCAGGCCAGGCUGCAGCAGUUGGACGAGGAGAACAGCGAGCUGCGGUCCUGCAUGCCCUGCCUGAAGGCUGGCAUCGAGCGCCUGGAGGAGGAGAAGCAGAAGUUGCUGGAUGAGAUUGAAGAGUUGACACUUCGGCUCAGUGAGGAGCAGGCAAAUAAGAGGAAGAUGGGGGACAGGCUGAGCCAGGAGAGGCACCAGUUCCAGAGGGACAAGGAGGCCACCCAGGAGCUGAUCGAGGACCUGCGGAAGCAGCUGGAGCACCUGCAGCUCUUCAAGCUGGAGGCGGAGCAGCGGCGCGGCCGCAGCAGCAGCGCAGGCCUGCAGGAGUACCACAGCCGCGCCCGGGAGAGCGAGCUGGAGCAGGAGGUCCGCAGGCUGAAGCAGGACAACCGUAGCCUUAAGGAGCAGAACGAGGAGCUGAACGGGCAGAUCAUAACCCUCAGCAUCCAGGGCGCCAAGAGCCUCUUCUCCACCGCCUUCUCUGAGUCCCUGGCGGCAGAGAUCAGCUCCGUCUCCCGGGACGAGCUCAUGGAAGCCAUUCAGAAGCAGGAGGAAAUAAGCUUCCGCCUGCAGGACUACAUCGACAGGAUCGUCGUGGCCAUCAUGGAGACCAACCCGUCCAUCCUGGAGGUCAAGUAGAGGCAGGAGGGCCCAGUCCAGGCUGAAUUCAGGACUCCGCCAGCACCCUGGGGUGGCCCCGUCACACCAUGAGGAGCUGAGACCAGCAGGUCCCACGGCCAACUGAGCCCAGAGCUUGCAGGGAGCCCUCCCACAGCUGGGCUGGGCCCAGUGAAGACUGGGGCUGCGGAAGGGGCGGGGGCAGGGGGGGGA